CCUUGGCCAGCCGGUGGGCAGCGGGCGCCAUGGCCGCACCAGAGCCCCUGCGGCCGCGCCUGUGCCGCCUGGUGCGCGGCGAGCACGGCUACGGCUUCCACCUGCACGGGGAGAAGGGCCGCCGCGGGCAGUUCAUCCGGCGCGUGGAGCCCGGUUCCCCCGCCGAGGCGGCCGCGCUGCGCGCCGGAGACCGGCUGGUCGAGGUCAACGGCGUCAACGUGGAGGGCGAGACGCACCACCAGGUGGUGCAGAGGAUCAAGGCCGUGGAGGGGCAGACGCGCCUGCUGGUGGUGGACAAGGAGACAGACGAGGAGCUCCACCGGCGGCAGCUGACCUGCACCGAGGAGAUGGCCCGGCGAGGGCUGCCGCCAGCCCAUGACCCCUGGGAGCCGGAGCCAGACUGGGCACGAGCGGGCAGCCUCAGCUCCGAGGCCACCCAGGAGGAUGCCAACGGGCCCCUGAGGGAGCUGCGCCCAAGGCUCUGCCACCUACGGAAGGGCCCCCAGGGCUACGGGUUUAACCUACACAGCGACAAGUCCCGGCCCGGACAGUACAUCCGCUCAGUGGACCCCGGCUCCCCUGCUGCCCACUCUGGUCUCCGUGCCCAGGACCGACUCAUAGAGGUGAACGGGCAGAAUGUGGAGGGGCUGCGCCAUGCAGAGGUGGUGGCUAGCAUCAAGGCGCGGGAGGACGAGGCCCAGCUGCUGGUGGUGGACCCCGAGACGGAUGAACACUUCAAGCGGCUGCGGGUCACACCCACCGAGGAGCAUGUGGAAGGUCCACUGCCAUCGCCGGUCACUAACGGGACCAGCUCGGCCCAGCUCAAUGGUGGCUCCGUGUGCUCGUCCCGAAGUGACCUGCCCGGCUUAGACAAGGACACUGAGGAUGGCAGCACGUGGAAGCGAGACCCUUUUCAGGAGAGCGGCCUUCACCUGAGCCCCACAGCAGCUGAGGCCAAGGAGAAGGCGAGAGCCACCAGGGUCAACAAGCGGGCACCACAGAUGGACUGGAACCGGAAGCGCGAGAUCUUCAGCAACUUCUGAGCCCCCUGCCUGCUCCCCACCGGCUCUUCCCCACGGGCCUGGGCCUCGCCCUUCGGACUGCCCACAGCUCCCCACACCCCGGUGGACUGGAGGGGGCAUCCUUACCCCUAAGCUGGGGUGGUCCCAC